AUGGCUCUGUUGAGUUUUGUAGUCCAUCUUAUCAUCACCCCAUCAUGCUCUGCGCAUUGUGAAGGUCAUGGAUUUAGGGAGUGCUGUUCAGGGUACAAAUGGGAUGAAAAUUUCAAAAAUUGCACAAAAUGUACUCCUGGAUAUUUUGGUGUAAACUGUGCCCAGUCAUGUGUGUAUCCUAGCUAUGGAGACGGCUGUCAACAAGAGUGUAAAUGUUUGGAGGAGGAGUGUAGUGUGGCUUGGGGAUGUAAAGAGAAAACUACGAUGCAGCUCUACACAACAAAACAGACCACAAUGAAAAUCGGGAUGUCUACAGAAAACAGAAUUUUGGUUCCCACGUCUAUCAUCACAGGAAAAGAGGGAUUAAAUAGAAAAGGUGAAAAUAUCACACAAACUUCACUCAGGCACUUCACAUAUUUGUAG